CCCUGUUCUGUGGCUUCCCUUCUAACGCGUCUCAUUACCAUUGUGUGUGCUAGAGAACAUUACUGUUGCACCCACAUCCAUCCCUGACAGCUUCAUCCCAACCUCCCUAACCACCAUGUUUGCACCAGAGCCCAAAGAUCCCGGGGCAGUGGUGGAGACCCACAGUGCAGUACCGUACGCGGUCAUAGGGGGCGUCUUGGCUCUGCUGGUGUUCACCAUCAUCUGCGUCCUCAUCGUCACCAUCUGGUGCUCGGUGCGUCAGAAAGGUUCCUAUCUCACCCAUGAGGCCAGCGGUCUGGAUGAGCAUGGCGAGGUCCAGGAGGCCUUUCUCAACGGCAACGACACAAGGGACGGCACCAAGAAGGAAUAUUUACUGUAGAGGUCCCGGCAGAGUCCUCCCCCACAACAACUAUAACACACCACAGAACACACACACACACACACACACACACACACACACUCCACACACACCUCCAGACCCGAUGAAUGGUCGCCCUGACAACCCCAGCGAUUUCACAUGGUUCUGCCAUACAAGAUGGAGGGGAAGAGAAAGGGAGGGAAGGAGGGAGGGAGGGAGGGAAGGAGGGAUGAUAGGGGUAAUGGAGGCACAAGGGGCGUAGAGAACACAGGGAUAGAGGGGUGCAGAGGCGAGAAUGAGCGAGAGAGUGUGCGAGAUGGAGAGGCAGAAGAAAAGAUGUAAUCAUACUUAUUAUGCCGGAGAUGGACAUUGGCGCACAAACUAUUCCAAUGCAAUUUGUGUUUAGCAAAAGAGAUGGACGCGUAGAUGGCUGCCCGUGAGCCUGCGCCAAGAGUAAAAGAAAAGAGCGAGCAGAAAGUGGGAGCACUGAAAGGCCCCGAUCCAUAACUCGCUCAGACAGCAGCAGCGGGGAAAGGCAGGCAAGGUUAUAAGGUAUUGAGUGCCCAGCAUGAGAAAAUUGAAAUACUUUUAAAUUGCCAAAGCAUCUCCGCUCCGCUUUCUAACCCUUAUAUAUAAUUCUGUGAUGACAGUAGCGAUUGCAACGCAACAGUCCUCAUCAAGUAUUUACACACACACCCCCCCCCCCUCUCUCCACUCCACACACACACAAAAGACAGACCCUGCAUUACCUACUGCAUCGGAGCACAGACCUCAGAAGUCUGUCCUGGCACUGGGUUUAGCCAUGCCGCAGAAAGACACCUUGCUUAAUUUUAAUUUACCAUUUCACUUUCUCUUCUCCGUUCUCUCUCUCUCUCUCUUCUCCGCUCUCUCUCUCUCUCUCUCUUCUCCGCUCUCUCUCUCUCUCUCUUCUCCGUUCUCUCUCUCUUCUCCGCUCUCUCUCUCUCUUCUCCGCUCUCUCUCUCUCUCUCUCCCCUGCUCCCUCCUCUGGCUCCCUCUGCUCGGCUGUCUGUCUUUGCCUUCCAUCUCCCUCCUAUUGUUUGUUAAUAAUUACGCGGGGUUACAUUUGUUCUAUUUGAAUGGGAAAUGAAUGUACAUGGAGAACAGAAAGACUUAAAAGAAAAGCUUAAUUAUUAUUGUAAAAUGUCAUUGGCAGCAUUAGGUGUGUGGGGGUGUGGGGAGGGGGGUUGGGUGGGGGGUGAGUAUGUGUGGUCGGUGGGGAUGAGUGAUUAUACAGGAACAGAAUGAUAGCAAAUGGUAGAGAGGUUACAGCCGAAGAAAAGCGGGAUAUUUUUUUGAAUGCUACAAUACAGACAUGUGUACACAAACACACACACACACGCACACAUCUAUGUCAUUGUUUGUAUAAAAAAGUCAACAAAGUAAAUUAAAUGAAACUUUUAAGACAAGAAAAAAAAAAGAUGAUUUACUACUGAACGCAUUACCAUUACCAAGAGUUACCAUACUAACACAAUAUUAGCUUAGAGAAUAAAGUACUGAACAAAUACUGUUAAGUGAUCUUUAAGUAAAAAAUGAAAAUCUGAAAAAAAAAAUAUGUAUCAUUUUGUCUUCAUGAAAAACAUGAAAUACUGAAGUCUUAUUGAUUUUUUUUAUUAAUUAAUUAUUAUUUGGACAAUUAUGAUUGUUGUUAUUGUUGUUGUUAUUAUUAUUACUGUUAUUAUUAUUGUAAAUGUUACAAAAAAAUGUACGCCACAUUUUAUGUUUUCUAUAUAGGAACAGCUGUCUCCUCUAUCUUCUCUCUCCGUCAUUCUUCUGUGUCUCUCUCUCUCUGUCUCUGUGCCUAUUUGUCUCUUCUAUGCUGUUUUUCACUCUUGUUUAUUUUAUAGUCCAUGUGUCGCUGUUGAUAUAGCUAACUGUAUUUCUUUUAGGAAAAGGAACAAAGCACGACAAAAUAAAAAACCUCUUCAAAAAUAA